GACAACCUUCGAAGCUUAUUUAUACUUUCUUACCAAAAUGGAACUGUACAGUAAAGGGAAGAAGCCCAUUUGAUGCAUAAUACACAAUAAUCUAGUAGUCAAAGAAGUGUAACACGCAAUAUGGAAUCAAAGGACAAUGUUGAAGAUAACGAUCAAUUUCAGAUAUCUGAGAAGAUGAUAAGAGAAGAAGCGUUAGCAUGGAUAAAUAUGCUUCGAAGGUUGUCUCGUUUGCAGCACUAUUAUCUUUAUAGACACAAUGAUAGUACUGUGAGGCAAAAGGAUAUACUGAAUCAUUUGCGUCAGGCACUAGACAAUAUCUCUUUUGCAAAUAAACCACAUAAGGGGAGAGCUAUCAGGUCAUGUACAACAGAAGAAGAGCUUGAUUGCAAGAAGUUGAAUUAUAUGAUGCUACAUGGAAGAAGAAACUUGGCUGAGGAAAAGCAGCUAUUUAGAAAUAAAAAUAUGUGCCACAAGACAGAUGAUGCUUCAAGUUCAUCUCUUCAAGAGAUCAUGAAAAAUGUACAGAUGAAAUAUAGUUACUACAAUCGUCUCUAUAAACAGAACAAUUGUCAUAAACUCCUUAAAGAAAUCAAACAUUUUGAAGUGACAAGGAAAAAGUCGGCACAAUUAAAACAAAGCAUCAGAAAUCAAGAGAAGAUUAUGAAUGAUGAGUUAAUCGAGAUGGGGAAGAAAAGGCAUGCACUUGAGACCAAAAUCAAACAUGUUGAUAGAGAAAUAGAUCUCAUAUAUGAAGAAUUGAAGCCCUUUCACAAGGACUAUAAAGAGGCAAAUUGCCAAAAGGAUGCAUCUCUUUUUAUGCUUCAGAUGAAAAGAAGAGAAUACAGGGUCCUCAAAUGUAGCAACUUGGAAUAUGAUUUCAUUCGCUUUCAUGAUAUCUAUUUGGAGAAGCCUUUAUCACAAGAGAGGAGAAGGCGUAACAAACAAACUUAACACAUUCGUUCUUUCAUAGAACUGAAGUGAAGCCAUUGUAUACUAAACUGAAGAAUGUAUUCAAGACUUAGCCAAAGUGCUUGUAUUGAUAUUUUGUAACCAAAAAGAAGUGCUUGUAUUGAUGCUAAGAAAAAAUAAAAACCUUCCAUGGUCAUUGGCAAGGCAAAAGAAAUUUGCAUUGUUUCCCUUAUUUCAGAAAAGAAAAAAUAUCCUCAAUACAUAUUAGCUGUGACAAAUGCCAACUGCUUUGAAUCUUCA